AUGGACUCUUCAAACGUAGCUAGUGGAUCAACUUCCUCUGGAGGUACCGUUGGCUUCCCUCCAAACCCGUCAGCCAACACAUAUAACCCCGCUUCCACUUCACUUCGAAGCGAAGAGAACGAUAACGAUACCAUAUCCAACCUACCUCAUCCAGGUGUAAAUCUAGGUUUACCCCAAUUAACCCAUCGCAAUAAUAGUGUAUCAUCAUUGAUGGAUGCAGUCAUGGGUCCUAACCAAUCUCCACAACAAACGUCACCUGCUCAUUAUCUUCCCACUCCAACUGCGUUGAAACCUACAGGUAGUGUUUCGAGAUCUGGUUUAGGUCACGGAGCUACCGCAGGUGCAGCUGGUGGAUUAGGCGAUUGGGAUAUCUUGUCGGACGUUACGUCUAGGAUCAACGGUGCAGGCCAUGGGAAUGGGAGUGGGAAACCGCAAGUUGAAGAAGCGAAUGUCAAGGAAUUGCAAGAGAAGGUUGAUAGACGCCGCUCACAGCUUCCCCAUCUCGAAUCACAACUCGCAGCUUUAGAAGCGCAAAUCAAAGCUACCGAAGAACGACUGAACAGGGCUGCUGGGAGUGGUGGAGCAGGAGCAAUCUCAACUGGCGGAUUGUCCAACAAAUAG